UGAAGGCAAGAUAAUUUGGUAUGGCGUUGGAGGACGUGGAAGAGAGUGAAGCUCCGACUAAAACUAACAAGACAGCUUUAUAAUACUCUAUUUUACCAGCUAAUAUUCUAAAAGUAGACACAAGAAACACUCCUUUACAGAUUUAUUAAGUAAUAUUGCCUAAUUGAGGGAGAGAAAGACACUUUUGGAGGUUUUGAGAGGAGCUUACGAGAGCCUGCAGUCGGGUCCAAUGGCCGCAACGUAAAGUCAACAUCGAAAGGUGGUCAGAAUUUCAAGAGAAAGUUGAGCUUUUUGGAAGCUUUUACUCAAGGUAUUAGAAGUUUAGGUUGACAAUUUCAGGUUUAACCGCUUAUCUGGGCUGUAUUGAGUAUAUUUGACUUGAAUAACUUGGCAUUUCUUUCAUCAUUGACGUGCAGUUUUGAGUGCUUUUACAGCGGUAGUCGUGCGAAUCUCAUUAAAUUUUCAUGAGCAGUACGUUCAAAGGAUUCAGAUAAACAAGACAUUAAACAUGGAUAAUAAGCAGAGCAGAGAGCAUUUAAACCCUUUAAGGAAGAAAAUGGUCAGUCCUCAGGGAAAUCGAAAAUGGCAAAAAAGUACCGGAAUUUCUUCCAAAGUCAAGGCAAAUAUGAAAGAGUUUCAUAAAUUCUCCCAGAAGGAUAAAAAAGAUACAAAUCUUAAAAAGAAACUCUGUGAAAUGAAAAAGGAUAAGAGUUUGAAGUAUCAUCUUGGUGGAAGUAGCUACGAUCCUCUUAACUUAUACAGUUUAAUAGACCGGGACCCUAUGUUAAAUACCCCUCAGGCGUCGCCACACCCCAUGCAUGGGGAUUCUCCCAUUGAGGUUUCCUGUCCUCAUGAUUAUAAAGAUCCAUUGAAUUUGAAGCGUUUUCCUGAAAAAGACGGGCCAACUCCUAAGAAAAAGAAAAAAAGAAAGCACAAAACUCGACAACAUGAUAUUGAGAACAAUGAACAAAAAGACCAAAAAUCAGAAAAUCAAGAAAUGGAAAAAAGUGAAAAACCAAAAGAAAGAAAAAAGAAAAAAGGAAAGAAAGUCAAAUGCAAUACAGAUGAAUUGGAAGUAAAAGGAGAAAAUAAAGGGGAGAUCAAAUCAGACGUUUUUGUAAAUUCUGAAGUUCAAAAAGCCGAAGUUGAUCAAAAUUGUAAGAAAGAUGAAGCAGCAGAUGAUGAGGAACCUCCAAGAAAAAAAGCGAAAAAAUGGAUAGACAAUUUGCAAGAUAAAAUAAGUGACGUAGAUACAAAAGAUCAACAGAAAAUUGGAGAAAAUACGGCCGCAAUGUCUGGUCAAGAUUCCAAAAUCAAGGAAAAUGAUCAAAGAACUCCAACGCCACCAAUCCAGAGAAAAGAAAAACAAAAUCUUAUAUUAAAGAAAAAAGAUUUUAAAAAGAGUCCAAAGCUAUUCAUCUAUGGAAACUAUAAUCGAUACUACAACUAUAGAAAUCCUCAAUCAUCAGUAGAUCCAAGAACAAAAUGUUUCCGGAAAGAAUGGUUCUACAAUAAAGAUGUGUUGGACAUUGGCUGUAAUGUUGGCAAUAUUACUUUUGAAGUUGCACGGCAGUUUGAACCACGGAUCAUCAUUGGAUCUGAUAUAGACAAUUCACUAAUAAAGAUGGCUAAGACAAAUGCACAAGUCUUUGCUUACCAGAAUCUGUCUAGUAAGUCUUCAAGUGGAAAAGAGUUUCCACUUUCUUUUGCUGUAACCAAUGGUCCUAUUGCUGCUCCUGUACUGCUCACCAAUGACAAAAGACAAGAAAAGCUUGAAUUCCCAAAGAAUGUCAUUUUCAAACAGGAAAACUAUGUACCUUUAAAUGAGAAAGGUCUUUCCAACCAGAGGCCCAUGUUUGAUACUAUCCUGUGUCUAAGUGUUACCAAGUGGGUACAUUUGAACUGGGGGGACCAAGGCAUUAAGCUGAUGUUCAAGAAGAUAUACAGGAAUCUACGUCCUGGCGGAAGACUGAUAUUAGAACCACAACCUUUUGCUUCUUAUAGUAAAAGAAAGAAACUUACAACAAAGAUCAGAGCUAAUUAUGACAGUAUCUGUUUUCGACCAGAGCAGUUUGUGGACUACCUUUUGUCAGAUGAGGUUGGAUUUGUUGCAUACGAAGUCUUAGAGGAACCACAGCAUGGUGCUCAAGGGUUCAGACGUCCAAUGUAUCUGUUUACAAAAGGAACAAAUAAAAUCCCUCAAGCUAAAGACAAGGCAGCUACUCCUAACUCCAGAUAGUACAGACAAAGAAUAGCGAUUGAAACUGAUGUUUAAUGUAGCAUUAUUGUAACAUUUCUGUAUUAUAUUUUUAAGUUGUU